AUGCCACCAUACAAGAUGAUGACUUAUAUCCCCCGACCUCCAUUUGAUCUCACUAUGUGUGAAACCCAUUUCCCUCGAGUCAAGCCACCGCCCGAUGAUGCUGCUUUCACUCAGGCCCUGUUGAAGCGGAAUAAUGACCUCUCCCCCACAUCUCAAGAACAGACUGCUAUACUGAACCUGGUGAACAAGGUCCAGGCCAUCCUUGACAGUCUCAUUGUAACACCUGGAGCCAUUGAAGCCUGUCAACUGGAGGAAGUGCGAACAGUGGGAUCAUUCAAGAAAGGUACAAUGCUGGCUGGGCACAAUGUUGCUGAUGUUGUUGUCAUCCUCAAAACCCUUCCAACCACACAAGCUAUGGAAGCACUUGGGGCCAAAGUGUCUGAGAACCUCAAGGCUCAAGAUCCUAAGAGCAGUAUGCAGGUGGUAAACACUGAAAGAGGCUUUGACAUUCUGACCGGGGAUGCAUCUGUGAGAGUCCUCGUCACCACAGUCCAUCGUAACCUCCGCAAACUGGAGCCCGAACUUCACAUGAACAUGAAGAUUGCUUCCAGUCAUUUAGCUGCCAUUCGUCACAGUCGUUGGUUUGAGGAGAACGCACACCAUUCCACCAUCAAGGUGAUGAUCCGACUUCUGAAGGAUCUGCGCAAUCGCUUUGAGGGACUACAGCCUCUCUCACCUUGGAUGAUAGAUCUCCUGUCUCAUUUCUCCAUCAUGAACAACCCAACUCGACAAGCACUACCAAUCAAUCUGGCACUCCGUCGCUGCAUCCAAUUGCUUGCAGCAGGACUCUUCCUCCCUGGCUCUUCAGGGAUCACAGACCCAUGUGAGGGGGGUGUGAUGCGGGUCCACAUGGCCAUAACACUGGAGCAACAGGAUCAGGUAUGCCUGACUGCUCAAACACUUAUGCGAGUCCUCACACAUGGCGGCUACAAGCAGAUUCUCGGCUUUGAAGGCAAUGCAAGUGAGUUUUGA